AUGCCGUCGCAAGGUAGAGGUAUGGCCGCUGUGCCGCUGCUGAGCAGCUUCUCGCCGUUCCGCGACAACGAGCAAGAUGAUGACGAAAAGCCGUCCGAGACGCGGAGUGUCGCGAAGCCCGCAGUAAAGUACAGUGUAUUCUGGGUCGCAUUGAUGUGCUGCUCGAUCGGACUGGCCAUAGGAGUCACCUUGGGUGCUGGAGCGGCUACUGUAUACAAUCGAAGAAACACGACCAAGAGUUGCCUGAGCCAUACGUCAUCAGCUUCGCCGGUGACGAGAGACAUCGAUGUCAACUACCACAUCCAGCAGUUCGAGGGCCACUUCAUGCAGGAGAACAUUUAUCGACAGAAAGGCCGACCUGAGGUUGAUGAGGCCUGGGAGGCUCUUGGCAUCAACUACCGAGCUGUGCGGGUGCCCAGUGAAGUCGCCCCAGAGGUCGGUCUGGCGGCGGAUCAGGUCCAGAUCAAUGAGAAGUAUGGAGGUGGAUUUCCUGCAAAUGUCGAAGGCUUGCACCAUCUCCAUUGUUUGAACCUCCUUCGCAAAGGUCUCUACUACAAUUUCGGCUACUACAAAGAUCUUGGUGAAGGCGCAUUCCAAAACGAGGACCACAUCGUGCAAAAGCAUAUAUCACACUGUGUCGACAUAAUCCGGCAGCAGUUGAUGUGCACUGUCGACAUCGGCGUGCUUGGCCAGGUGUGGUAUCAGCCUGGUGGCGACGACCCGUAUCCGAAAGCCUUUGUGGACUUCAACACGAAGCAUGUCUGUCGCAACUACGAAGAUAUCAGGAAGUGGGCUGAAGUUCGACAAUUGCCGGAAGAUGUGCCAGAUGAUUACCUAGCGCCACCGAUUCCUGGAGCCAAGAUCCAUGAUGGUAUACCUUAA